UCGGUCCUCUCAUGAUCUCACUCAAGAGUUUCUCACUGUUUGACAGCAUUUCAACGGAAAAAGUCUGUCAACAAUUUGCCGUACUUUCCUUUUCGAGAUAAAAGUAUUAAAUGAACGUCUUACGACUAAACUGUCUCACAUAUCUGCAGCAACUUAAAGGAUGAAUUUGCUAGAAAUUAUUUGCUCCAAUGUUAUUGUCCUCAUCCAUCACUGCUUGGAGAAAGUGGAGGGCCGACCCCUGUUCACACAUGAAGAGUCUUAUUAUGAGUACGUACCAGAUAGGCAGCAAUGGUCUGCCGCUAGAACACUCUGCCAUCAGCGUUCAGGAACCCUGGCGGUGGCGUCUAACGCUGAAGAGAUUCAAAACCUGCACAGUUUUCUUCUGUCUUUGAACAUCACUCAGCCUGUAUGGAUAGAAAAAGACGGCAUUUCGCAGAUAAGCGCCCCUCCAGAUAUAUUCAUGCUGGAAUUUCCAGCUCGUCCACACCGAAAAUCGUCUCGCCUUCGCCACAAGUUCCUUAACAUGGAACUGCUUACUGUUUGCGCUCAUCUUCAGUUUAACCGCAAUUGCCACGGACUUUCCACUGUUUUCUCAUACUCCGUAAAGUCGUUCAUUAAUGAGCUUCAACUCCAAGCAAGGAUUUUGGAGAAUGAGCCCAUCCAACUUGCAUUGAUAGUGCACGGAUCAAACACUACUUACGUAAAAGCCUUUCCCAAUGAUGCUUCCUGGAACUUUGUCUGUGCGAGUUGGAUUGGGAACGGGGGGAAGUGGUCCAUCUGGGCGAAUGGAGUAAAGGUGGGUUCUGGGAGUUCUCUUAACGCAUCAGACCAUAUCGGGGGAGAUGGUCUUUUCAUCAUUGGACAGGAGCAGGACACGUUCGGAGGUUACAAAAGCGAUAAGGCGCUCUGUGGGAACAUCACGCAGCUGUACAUGUGGGAUAGUGUUUUGCUCGACAGUGAAAUUCAAAACAUGGGAAAAGAAUGUUCACCCGUUUCUUCUGGGUUGUUCUUCAAAUGGAGGGAAUCUGUCCUGGAAAUAGAGACCUCCCUGCAGACACGAAGGGGGAACUCGCUGUGUCAAGGUAUGAAGAGUCACUCACAUGACCAACUCACCCCUUUGCUGGAUUCAAGUUUUCAUCAUAAUUUGUCUGAUGUCCACAUGUCUAAGAAGGCCUGUGUUACCUUUGACCCUGCAAGUAGGAAAUGGAUCUAUGACUUUUGUACGUCAUCUAGAGGAAGUGUCUGCCUUUUCCACAAAGAGCAGUCGGACAUCUUCGGUUUUCCAGGGACUCCAUUCUUCACUCAAGUCAGCAAUGAGUUACAUUCCAAGCCUGAUACUGACGAUAAAAAUUUAACUUUAUUCCCGGCAAAUGAACUUACUCGAGACAGCUCUCUCCUGAUGACUAUUUUGAGAGUUAUGGACAACAAUGCUGAAAUCAUCACACAUUCUGAUCUUCUGUACCUCAUUAAAACCAUUGAGAAGACAUCAGCCACACAACACAUUGAGAUUGCAUUGAAGCAUCCAACCAUGUUCAUAUCCAUGAUCAGCAAUUGCUUAAAACUAGGAAGCAGACUCAUAGACCCUAAUAUGGCUGACCGUUGGAAGGAUUUGAGAGCACGUGAGAAUCAUAGUGGACUAUUUAGUGUCGUAGAGAGCAUUGACAAACUGCUGUGGACACUGGCGGACGUGCUUUGGGCAGAACGCAAAAGCUUCACAAUGUCAACAAAGAACAUGGAUGUUCAUCUUGAGCCUCGGAGCUUGUCACAGAUGAGCUGCAGUUGUGUGUUUAAGCCCUCAGUCCACAGCAGUCAGUUCAGCAGCUAUGAUGAGAUCCUUAUCCCUGACUCAGAAGUACAGAGAGUCUUCUCUCUGGGCCACAAAGAGGUGAUGUUUAUUCACACUUACUACAGUCACCUAUUAGAAUUGUCCAAACUUGAGGCAAAGACCCUUGACCACCAAAAUACAGACAGUGAAAGUCAUUACACGGGUCAGCUAGCCACAGCAGUGAUAUCAGCAACUGUGCGAGAUGUGUCCAGGGCAGAGAAUGUUCCAGUCUCAGUCCAGUACACCCUGUCCUCUGGGACUAUGGCAGAGUUUCCGAAACGAGUCACGCCUCUCUGUGUCUUUUGGAAUGUCGGUUUUAUGGCUGGUCGUACCAGUGACUGGUCGAAUAAAGGAUGUAGAGUGUUGCCUGGUGCUCCUGAUGUCACUUCCUGUUUUUGCAACCACACCACCAAUUUUGCUGUCCUCAUGAAUUAUAUGGAGCCCGAGUGGACCACAGAGGAGUUAAGCAUUUUGACAAAGUUGACGUUUAUUGGAUCCGGAGCUUCUCUCUGCGCGCUGGUGAUUACCUUGAUGCUGUUCACUGUUUUGGAUAUUCCAAAAUCAGAUCGUACAUCGGUCCACAGGAAUCUUUUUGUAUCAUUGAUCUGUGCCCAGAUUGUCCUUCUCUGCAGUGGUUCUGCGAUUCAUAAUAAGGUGGCCUGCAUGCUUGUGGCAGCUCUGAUGCAUUUGUUCUUCAUGGCAGCGUUCAGCUGGAUGCUGGUCGAGGGCCUGCUGCUCUGGAGCAAAGUAGUCAGCGUUAAUUUGAGCGAGGACCGCCACAUGAAAUACUACUACCUGAUUGGCUGGGGUCUCCCCGCACUGAUAGUCACCAUCACACUAGCCUCAGCCUCUGGGAAAUACUCUGCGGAUGGUCACUGUUGGCUUAGUGUUCAAAACGGAGUCAUAUGGGGUUUUGCCGGCCCGGUCAUCUUCAUAAUAAUGGUGAAUGUCAUGAUUCUUACGCGUGUGGUGGUCAUCACCAUAGGCACAGCCAAAAGAAGGUCUUUGAUGAUGACUUUGAACAGCAGUCCUGAGAAGCAAGUCUCUGAGCAGAUAAAGGCCGCGGUGAAAGCAGUGUUGGUUCUGUUGCCGAUUCUGGGCCUCACCUGGGUCUGUGGAGUCCUGGUGCCAUUCUCUGUAGCUAUAGCUUAUGUCUUCAGCCUCUUAAACUCAUUGCAGGGUCUCUUCAUCUUCCUGAUAUAUGGCGUGUACAACACUGAGGUUCGAAACACACUCAAUAGAAUCAAAGAACGAAGAAAAGCCUUACAUUUUUCGAACUGUGCCAACUCCAGACCUUCCAGUUCAGUGAGCACUUCUCGACAGGGCAGCUCUCCUGUAGCAGGGGCUGCGGAUGGUCACACGGUCAACACCAGCCAUUCAAGCAGCUCUUCCACCCACAGCGACAGCGGCAUUCAGAGUUACAGCAAAACGAGACAUCUGUCACUCCUCUGUGUCCAUGACAACCCGAAUGAAGAGCCCCGAUGUCCUGACACUGGUGUCCAGCUCUCUGGACAGGAGCAUUUAUCGAAACCUAAACACAGCGUGCCGAACGAAUGCAAUCUUAACGUACCCAUGGAAGCAGAGUUAACAUCCUGCCAUUCGCUCAGUUCCUCUCCUCAGCAAAACGGCACCAUGUGUCUUCACUGAAACACUUCUCAUCAUGUGGUUUGGUAAAGCGAAGAUAUUGUUUUCUGUUUUAUUGACCUCAAUGUCAACAGUAUCCUGCAUGUUUUAAUAUGUUGUGCUUAUUUGUAUGUCUCCAAUGCCAGAUUCCGUCAUACAGUUGCAAACUACGAUCUGAAACGGUUUGUUUAACUUUUAAAAUGUCUACUUUCUGAUUGUUUUACCUGAGAUGUCAUGCACAGGUGAUGCAUGGUACAUUAAUUAUUGAAAGCAUGCUGAGACUGUAAGUUCAAUGUUAAUCAUAGGCAGUUCAUUUCUGUUUAGUUUUUCUGCAUAUCACACUAUACCAUUAGAAGAUUUGGACACAUUUGUCUUAAUUGUUUUUUGUAUAUUCAAUUCUUAAAAAGAGUUGGGUCACACUUCAGUAUAGGGGGCAAUUCUCGCUAUUAACAAACCACGAACUACAACUUUUACCCAAUAAAAUCUUAAUUUGUUGCUUAUUAAUAGUUAGUAAGGUAGUUAGGUUCAGGUAUCGGGGUAGGAUUGGGGAUGUAGAGUAUGGUGAUGCAGAAUAUGUGCUUUAUAAGUACUAAUAAACAGCCAAUAUGCCAAUAAUAGGAUUGUUAAUAACAACUAGUUAAUAGUGAGAAUUGCCCCCUAUACCGAAGUGUUACCAACAGUUUAGUUGACCAAUAUGAAUUUUUGCUUUUCUAUGAAUGCUUUUUUUUGAAGAAUCGUCAAUAUAUCAGUUUUGAUCUAAAUGUUGUUGUUUUUCACCACAAAAUGUUUGUGCUUGUGUUAUUUCGUAGUUUUGAUAACAUCGCUAUUCUUCUAAAAUGUGGAAAAUAUAAAUAAUGAAGAUUUGAGACGUGUUCAAACCUUUGACUAAAAUGUAUAUCAGAUUAAGGCUGUAAAGGCAUCAGGUACAUUGGUUUUUAUUUAUGACUUGUAAAUAUAUUCUUCCUUCAAAUAAAACCCCAUGUAGAGGUAC